AUGUCUGAAUAACCUUUAAUUGAAAUUCCAACACUUAAAUAAAAUGACAAACAAUAAUCAGCCCCUAAAGAUAAACCAAGCAAAAUACAAAAAUAAUCAAGCUUUGACCAUUUAUCGGUUCACAGUGUUAAAAGUGGAUUAACGUAUAUUAGAGAUUCUUGGAAAAGUGGAAUGGCUUAAGCAAUUUUAAAUAUGCCAUUUCAUUUAACAAUUGGUAGUAGUUCAGGUUGCAACGCUUCAGUUGGUGUCACAACUGCAUUUAUUGCUGCAUUAACUAAUGGAUUCUUUAGUGGAAGUAUGUUUUUUAACAUUUCCUAGGUAAUCACUCCAUUUAUAUGCCAUCUUGGGUUGUUAUUGGACUAAACUAUUAAUUAGUUAAGACUUAUGGUGUGGAAGUUAUGCCUUGGAUUACAAUUAUCGUAGGAAUCUAUAUUUAUAUUGCUGGUCUAUUGAAAUGGCAUCAUUUAUCAGAUUUUAUUCCUGUUUAUGUUAUAGAAGGAUUCUUAUUAGGCAUUUCAAGUUUAUUCUUCUUCUCAUAUAGUGAUUAUAUGUUUGGCUUAACAGAUAAUCAUUCUAAUAGAGGUGUAGAACUUUAUUCAACUUAUUAUGAUAUGUUUAAAUCUUUUUCUGAAAGAGGAGAUCUAAAUUAUUUUAUUGGUGCAUGGACUGUUUUUCUUUUCUUAUAGUUAGGUAGGAUAUUAUUUAGAUAAUUUCCAUGGAUAUUAAUAACAACUUUGACAGGAUUAACUUUAGGAAUAAUUUAUCCAACAGAAAAAUGCUUAUAAUCAGCAUAUGGAGAAGUCACAAUAUAUUUUAAUUUUAUAGAAUUUGAUGGACCAAAAUUUCAUCCUGAUUUUUAAGUUGUUAGUCAUCUUUUAAUAGAAGCUAUACCGAUAACACUUUUUAUUUUGAUUUAAAAUCAAUUUUGUGCAAGGGCUGGAUAAUCUUUAAGUGGAGUUAAAUGUAAUUAUGAUCAGGAAAUAUAAUGUGUUUCAACAGCAAAUAUUUUAAGUGGUAUUUUUGGUGGUUUGCCUUGUUGUGCAUCUUCAAGAAUGUACAUUUUAGAUAUUAAAUUGCGUAAGACAAAUUAAUGGUCAUCAAUUCUAAAUGCUUUAUCAAUACUUUUCUUUUAUGGAGUAUUUAGUAAAUUCUUUAUGAAAAUACCUUUUUAUAUCAUAAGUGGAUAAUUGUUGUAUAUGAUUAUUAACAUUCCACCUUGGCAUUACUAUGUUAAUUUAUACAAAACAUAAAGAAAAUUAAUUUUAUUCUAUAUAUUUUGUAUAGCAUGGCUUUGUGUGAAUUAUGGAGCAAUUUAAAGUACUCUAAUUGGAAGUAUGCAUGCUUUGAUUAUGUUUGCAUAAAAGAUGAGUUAGCCAUCUGCAGAAGUGAUGACAAAUCAAAAGGAAGGAGUCUAUUAGAUAAAUUUAAGAGAUUCUAAUCUUCAUGAAUUUGAAGAGGAAUGCAAUGAUAUACCUGCAAAUAUUGAUGGAACAUAUACAGUUUAUAGAUUUAAUGGAGCUUUAAAUUAUAUUAACAUCAAAGGACAUAUAGAUUAGAUAAAAGAAUUAGCAAAGACUGAUAUAUUUAUAAUAAGUUUCCGUUAUGUUUGUGUAUUUGAUUUUUAAGCAGUGGAUAGUUUAGCUAUAAUAAUAGAUAAUAUGAGAAGUAUAAUAGAAUUAUUAUAAUAUAGAAAAUAGUACUUAAGUAUAUAUUACUGGUUUACAUCCUGGAAUGUUAGAAUAAUUGAGUGAGAACUAAAUAUUUAGGGAGUAUUUUAGUUGUGAAAGCCAUAUGUUCCAUCAUAUAGAUAAAUCACCUUCUAAAUGAAUGAAUUCAAUUAUUAAUUGUUUAUUAAAAUGUUAAAGAUAG